UCGAGCAUAUAUAACCAACGAAAUUUAUUCUUCUCCCGCAUUCUCAUUUCAUAUUGAGCGUUAUUUGGGAGCGCCUUCUUGGUUCACGGAUAUCCUGACCACAUUUCACUGACCGACGCACCACGGACGAGAUGGACCACUCGACGACAACAAAGCCUACCACUGACACUGAGGCAACGGACCCUCAACAGAUUGCUGGUCAGAAACGUGAUGCCAGCGCAAUCACAACAGUCAGUCCUGAAGGAUAUUCAACAAAUUCUGGCGAGGGUCUGGGAAUUGGCGAGGAAAGCAAAGGAGAAGGUGAAGCCAAACGCCCGAAGCUCAGCGAAGAGCAGACGAACAGUAACCGCAGAGAUAACAACUCAUAUGCUGGUAUAGAAGGCCGGCAAUGCUUCGUCACAGUGGGCGCCACCGCCGGAUUCCGCCCGUUGCUUUCAGAAGUCGUUAAACCAGAGUUCCUCACCUGUCUGGCCGACAACAACUUCGACCUACUCAAAGUACAAUGCGGCGAGGACUUUGAGUGGUUCGAUGCGCAAGUCAAAUCUUUGCCUCCUAGUUCUGUCACCAUAGAAUGUUUUGCCUUUACAGAGAACAUGACCAAGCACUAUGUCCGGUCACGGGGCGUGAAGUCUGUGAGACUACCGGGUGUGGUGGUUGCUCACGCCGGCUCUGGAACAAUCCUGGAAGUGCUCCGACUUCAGGUACCAUUGGUAGUCGUUCCGAACCCAACUCUGAUGGACAACCACCAAGCUGAGCUUGCUGAAGAGUUGGAAUCUACGGGAGAUGCCGUGUACGGCAGACUAGGGAAAUUGACCGAAGCGAUCGCACGCUCGUUAGAACUAGUCGCCCAAGGUCCGCUCAAGCUCAAAGAUCUCCCACCAUACUCACCCCCACCGUUCCCGGUGCCCGAGUCGGAGCGCGUGACCUUGUUUGACUGGAUGGCGCUAACUUGCUAUCCAGACGAGCUACGCAAGCAGCAGCACUUGCAAGACCUCAAGAAUGUUGAGGAGAGCUUUCAGCGAGAGGUAGAACAAGCCAAGGUGCCCCUGACAGAGACAGUUCAGGAUCGUCUUCAGCGGGAUCUUGACUAGGUAUCAUUGUUAGCGGCUCAGCUGGUGGCUUAUGAUCAGGGGCGGCGAUUCUGGAAACUGUUUUUCAGCAUGGGGAGUCCCAUUUUCGCAAGAGAACUUGCAUGCACCCUUACUGUGG